AUGUUGCUCUCCAGCUCCGAAUCGAGCAUCUUCAGCGAUACUGAUUAUGAUGUUAGCAGUGAGGACGAGUGCAACGACAGCAACGCAGAUGAAAGCAUAAGAAAUGUGAAAUUCUUCAAUAAAAUUAUAAUCAAACUGUUUCUAAAAAAUAAAAAGUACUAUGACCAGGUAAAAAAAAUUGCACUUAGCUAUAUUAGCAAAAUAGAAGACAUCCAAUUUUCGGAUAUUCAAAACAGUGAACAAGGAAGCAAUGAGCACAUACACAAUUUUUAUUUUGACACGUACGAUGCGAUUCAGCAUGGAGAAAACAAAUUAAUAUAUUACAUGCAGAAUAGCUUCCACAAAUUUAUCGAUGUUAUGAAUAAUUACUCCAUUCCUUUUUUCUUUCGACUUAUUUUUUUGAGUUGCUAUUUCGAGUUCUUGUGUAGCAGAGAGGUAAAAGGGGACGUAAGUGAUAGGGGUUUUGCUCAGGGGAGGAGCCAUUCGCCUACCAGUGUUGUGGACAAUCGGGGGGAAGCUCCCGUUGUCCAGAGGGUAUAUAAAGAUGAUUUACGGGAAGACGGACUCGCUUGCAAUAGGGAUGGAGAUAUCUUGAAGAAGAAAGAGUAUAAAGAAGCGGGAAGCAAGGACAAACUAGGAGAAAAGUCUCACGCGGGUGCCAAGGGCGGAGACUUAACCGAGGGGAAUACCCAUCAGAAGGGAAGCUACCAAAAUGAAAGCACGUCCUUAAAUUCGGAGGAGAAGCGACCCACAGAAGAACCCUCCCUCUACAAUUUCAUAGUCUACAAUUUCAGCAAAGACAAAAUGGUUAUGGAAGAAAUCGACGUGUACAGUGCGUGUCUGAUAAAAGGGCUACUGUACUUAUACAAAGAUUACGCCUUUUUAAAAGACGAAAAUAUUAAAACCAAAAUAAAUAAUUGCUUGAAAAUGAUCUUCGACAAACAGAAUAUAAAAAUUAUGUGUCGAGUGGAAAACGUGCCCUACCUGCAUGAUAUCCAUAUUAGCUAUUUGCAAGAAAUACGGAAUAAGCACAUUGGGAAGUUCAUAACCACAGAAGGGAUAAUAACCCGAGUGGGAGAAAAAAAAAUUCUGGAGGAAUGCAAAAAGUACAGGUGUAUCAAGUGCGAUCACAUAAUUAGGAAGAAGGCCAUUCCUGAGUUGUACUAUAACACGCAAAUGGUGUUUAAGUGCCCCAAUGAGCAGAUUAACACGAACAAAUCCCCCCCUAGGUAUAGGAGCAAUUUGGUAAGAAAAGAAAUAAACACGAGAUGGAAGUAUACGAAGAAAGACACGGCGCAAGAAGGCAGGACGGGGAAUGCAGUGUCGUAUAAUAAAGGUGCCUCCAAGUAUGGCAACAAAAAUAGUUCUUACGGUAACGCUAAUUAUAGAUCAAAGGGGUUUGCAUCCAAGCGCACUAGCAAGUGGAAUUUCGCAUACAGGGAAAAACAUUACAGUAAGAACUCCUACAAUGGAAACAAAUGUAAUGGCACAAAUUUCGAAUUCCUAGAGAACGAAGUUAAACGAGUAGAUUACCAAGAAAUAAAAAUAAAGGAAACGAGUAAAACGAAUAUCCCAUAUUCCAUUACGGUGGUCCUUUUGGAAAACCUAGCUGGGAAAUAUCACCCGGGGAAGAAGGUAAUUAUAAAUGGCAUCAUCCUGCGGAGGUGGAAGAAAUUGUAUAAAGACAUUAGGUGCGAAGCAGAGCUAUUCAUCGAAGCAAACAACGUCCAAAUUAAGGAACUGGAUAGUUCAAGGUUAAAAGAGGUGGCACUGGAUGAUGAGUUCGCCAAGUGUAUAAAUGCCCUAACGGAUGAGGCGCAGAUGUGUGGCAAGGCGACCAUUGUGGAGGGUAAUGGGACAGACAAAGAAAAUGACGCUGACGUGAAUGAUAACCUAGGGGAUGACCUAGAGGGGGGUUUGACAUACGAUGAGAGGGGAAGGCUCAGAAUCUCAUCACAUCUGAGCAGUGGACACUGCAUUGGAACAGAUCCUGAGAAGACCCCUCGAAAGAAUCCCCCAAGUGGUAGCAAAAUGGACAAAAAAAAAAAUAAGCUGAACGGACACAUGACGAAUGGAGGGAUAGCCGUCCCGGAAAGGAGUCUGUUUGAAAAAUAUUGGCUCCUCUUUAAGGAUAACAAACUGGAAGGAAAGAAACACCUGUGCGAUAGUAUAUGCCCCAAUUUGUACAAUUGCAAAUUGUCCAAAAUGUCAGUACUGCUGGUGCUAAUAGGGGGGAACAGAAUAAAUGAGUACGAUUCCUUUUACAAUGAGAAUAAUAAGUGGAAGAAAUAUUUCAACCGCAGUGGGGAGGAGGUCGCCACAAGGGGGUACCCGAAUAGGGGAGACAAUAACAGUGACAAUGAUAACAAUGAUGAUGAUGACAACGGUAAGGAUGCUUGUUGUUGGGAAAACGCAGGCAGAAAACGACGCAGAGAGAAGAAAGCAAAGCACAGGAACAGGGACAGAAACAGGAGGAGGGAGAAGAAUUUCUCCUCGGACAAUUGUGACAAAAGAACACUGUGCCAUUUAUUGCUCGUAGGCGAUCCAGGCACAGGAAAAUCCCAACUACUAAAGGAAGUACAAAAAAUAAGCCCCAUUUGUACGAACGUGUCAGGUAUGUUUUGUACCACUGCAGGUUUGACUUGUGCAGCCAUAAAAGAGGGGAACAAUUUUAUGCUGGAAAGUGGAGCUCUCGUUUUGGCAGACAAUGGAGUUUGCUGUAUUGACGAAUUUUGUCUUAUGAAAAAUGAAAAUAAGAAUGCUAUUCAUGAGGCCAUGGAACAGCUAACCAUUUCAGUAGCCAAGGGUGGAAUUGUCGAUAAAUUGAAUUGCCGGUGUACUAUCAUCGGUGCGUCUAAUUUUGAGUUACAUAAAACGGCCACGGGGAAUUUAUCCUCCUCUGAAGAUAAGGCUCUCUUUAUUAACUUGUCAUACGCGCUGCUGAGCAGAUUUGACAUGAUUGUGGUGACGGAGGAUAAUAAUGAAAUUGACUCGAGGGUUGCUGACUACGUGUUGUCACAGGAGGUGCAGCCUGCUUAUCCUUCGGGGGGGAAGUGA